CAUCAUCAUCAUCGUCAUCUUCUUCAUCAUCGACAUCAAUAACUAAUAAUCAACAGCAACAACAACAACAAAAUACAGACAUAAUUUCAUCGUGUACGGAUAAUGUAACAACAACAACAGCAACAGCAACAACAACAACAACAUUCAACAAUAAAUACUAUCAAUAAUAACAACAACAACAACAAUCCGAAUAAUAAUCAUAACAAGUCAAUGAUAAUGAAUGUGCCUAUGACAUCAUCAAUGCCUGAUGUUAUAUCAUCAUCAUCAUCAUCAUCAUCAUCUUUAUCAACAACGCCGAUGGCAAUUACAACUUUAUCAAAUUUUAUCGAUGGUUCUUAUUCUCAAUCAAUUGCCUCAAUGAAUGAAUUAUCACCUACUGGCAAUAAUAAUAAUAAUGCAGAUAAAAUGAUCGCCAUGAAUCGUCAUCAACAAUCAAAUCAUCAUCAUAAUAAUAAUAAUAAUAAUCAUCAUCAUCAUCAUCAUCAAUCCUUUGAAACGGAAAAUGCUGAAACUUAUCAACAACAUUUGCCUACCUCGACAAAUGGUCAUCAUCAUAACCAUAAUCAUCAUAAUAAUAAUAAUGAUAAUCAUCAUCAUUAUUUGGAAGCUCAUUCAGAAUUCUAUUUAGCUCAUACAAUGGUGAUUGAUAGUGGUAAAUUCUCUCAACAAUAUCAACCAAAAUUCAAUAGAGGUCCACAUAAUUAUUUUGGUCGAUAUACGGGUAAUGAGCUACCCAGUAUGAUUGAUAAUUAUGGCCAAUAUGAAAAUUCAUUUUCAACAAUGACACCAUCAUCAAUACCGCAUACACCAUCACCUGAACAAUGGCCCACAAAUGAUUUAGCAAAUAUUGGUUCAACCAUUGGUUCAACAUUGAUGCCAAAUACGAUACCAUCACCGAAUAUUAAUACAUUAGUUCCAAAUCAUAUGAAUGCCAAUUAUGAAUCAUUACCAAUUCAUGGUCGUGAUCAAAUCGGUUUGAAUACAAUGGUCAACAAUAAUAUUAUACAUUCGAAUGGUGUACAUCAAGGAGCCAAUAUUUUUCACCAGUCAUCUAUAGAUGGAAAACCAUUCAUUCAAGCAGCAGUUCUAGCAGGUAGUGGACCAAUACAAUUGUGGCAAUUUUUGCUUGAAUUAUUAACUGAUAAAGAUUGUCAAAGUUUCAUCUCAUGGACUGGUGAUGGUUGGGAAUUUAAAUUGACCGAUCCCGAUGAAGUAGCACGCCGUUGGGGUAUUAGAAAAAAUAAGCCAAAAAUGAAUUAUGAAAAAUUAAGUCGUGGCCUUCGUUAUUAUUAUGAUAAAAAUAUUAUUCAUAAGACGGCUGGUAAACGUUAUGUUUAUCGUUUUGUUUGUGACCUACAAAGUCUUUUAGGAUGUAAACCAGAAGAUUUACAUUCUGUUGUUGAUCUCAAACCUGAAAAGAAAGAAGAAGAUUAAAAUGAACUUUAAUCAAUCAAUCAAUUAAUGAGCCAUCUUUCUGGUCAUUAGAAUUGUAUUGUUUUCGUUUAAAACAAAACAACAACAACUGAUAUAAAAGAUUAUUUGGUGGUGCACCUAGUCGUCUUUAAAAGAAAACAACAUUUACUUCUCUCUCUCUCACUUUCUCUCUCAUCGUUGAUCAACAAUAUAUUGUCGUUCACAUAAAUGAUUUUCACAUUUUCCAUACACCAUCAUCAUCGUUCAUUGCCUUCUCAUCUAUGGCCUUAAUUUCAUUAUUUUUUUUUCUUGUUCUUGAUUUCUAUUAAUUUACCGAAAAAAAUAAUCAC